AUACACACACACAGAGACUAAGAGUCACAUUUCCUUUGUACACCACACUGUGGCAGUCAGCCUGUCAGUCUGGCUCUGCGUCUGUGGUGGUAGCCCGCCUGCAGCCCAGCGUGAGGGAUGAAGGCCCAGUGGUGGAGCUGCGUGUUGGGCUUACUCUGCAUACCUGCUGAGGUUCUGCUCAGCACCUGGACAGGUGAGUGUGUGUGACAGAGGGAAAGGAGGGAAAACUGUGUUUAAUUUAAGAUCCAAGACAAUGAAGAUAUCUUGAAAGUUUCUCAAGAUCCCAUGUCCCUCUGUCGGAUGAGGGUCAACUCAUCUGCUGAGAUCAGAUGCUCCACGUCUUUGUCCAACCCGAUGGGUUUAACCCUGCAGAGGAGUUUUCAUGGUAAACCGGACGUUGUGUACCUGGAUUUGAAAAACGGAACGUUGAUCAAGAACACGACAGCUCAAGAGUUUAAAGGCCGAAUUCAUGUAGCUGCAGACCGGCACACGGAGGAGGGCUGUGGCUUCAUCUUACGGCUGUCUCUGCUGGGGCUGGAGGACACGGGCCUGUACUUCUGCAGCUGGAGCUACAUGUCACACACUGUUGCAACUCGAAAAAAUACCCAGCAAUGGCACCGUUAUUAUUGUGGCAGACGGAGAUCCACAGGAACAAUGCAGCGACCACGUUUUGAAUUUCAUCUUGAUUGCCUUCAUUGCGACAGCUUUCGCCGUCAUAGUGUUCCUCUUAAUUGGAAUAUGGAUCCGGAAAUGCAAACGAUUUACAAAGAGCUUCAGACCGGCCAGAGCUGUAAAACCACCCAGACCUGACAGGCCUCAGCACGUCUGUCCUCAACACAGUCCCUACUUAGUCACAUCUGUAAAUACUUUGGACUUCAGGGGCAUUCUGUAACACCAACGGUACAUUCAAGGGAUUGAUUUUGAGUCAGCAGCUUCGUCGCCCAGGAAAUCUCUUUCUGUGCUUUCCAUUUCCUCUAUAAUACACAAAUUGUGUUUUGCUUGCAGAAAAGUGAUUGAGCCACCACAUCCUGGCUCAUGUGGCGUGUACAGGUGCGCUGCGUGUGAAAAAAGCAGUUAGUUAUUCUAUAUAUGUUGCAUUUAUUCUGUUUCCUUUGUGUCUCAUGAAUAGAGUUUGAUCUUUUCUGUCUGAUAUGUGCAUUAAAUCAUUUUGCUGUUCCUUUGAAGAGCCUAAAAACGAUUUUAACAAUUCCCACAACUACAUCUUCAUCCUGGAACAAGACGAGAACAUCUGCCUCCAAAUUACAUAUGUUUUAGUAUUGAAAGUUAACUGCACAACCGAGAUGUGUGUGCACUCUUUAUAUAAAUGGUGAAGAUAUUAUAAGUAGAUGCACCAACAGACGUAUUAGGAAAUAUGUGUUGAAUAUUACAUUCUUUUCUCUUUGCUUAGACCAGCAGUGUCCAAACUGAAACUUAAUGGUGGGUCCAAGAGCAGAAAUCUAUUGUAUUUUAUUUCAUUGUAAAUGAUUGUUCUAAUAUCACAAGUAGAAUUCAUUGAAAGGCAUUUUGUCCGUGUGCCACUG